UGCUGCAUUGCCGGGAGUGCUUCGCGUGAUGCCACGUGUGUUCGGUAUGAGCACCAGGAGCUUUUUGUUGAAAGCGCGGCGGAUCACGUAUAAAACAAUUAUAAUAGCGGCUAUCGUAGACACCUUGGGCCUACAUGCCGGAAACCGAUGCCGUAUGCUGCGCUCUCCUCGCUUGCCGGGGGGCUCAUGGCUUCAUGUCUUUUCGUCAUCAUUGGUCACUCGGGUGCGUUGUUUCUACAGUACGCCUGACAACCCACAGCCGCAAAGAUCUGGGGAGUAUCAAUUGUGCCUAACAAGAGAGGUGGAUCAAUCCACCGGAUCAAUCCAGCUCGAUACUGCCAGCUAUGUUGACAGCGCCAUCGACUACGCGACAACAGAGACCGAGCACGAAACCCCACACUCCAGCGUCAUCAUGGCUACGAGAGCGCAGCCACGAACAGCCCUGGCGACGAUGGUCGCUUUUGGUGCAGGCGUCGCUUAUAUCCUGUGGCGAAGAGCGGGCUCGAUGGGGGACGAGGAAAUGGAGGAGUGGGAGCCAGUUGACCGAUCUCAUGUGGUGAAGUUCUUCCAAAUCCUCAAUCAGCAAUUGCACCAGAGCAUUAUGAGCUUCAACCAACAAAUAGCUCAGUAUAGAGGGAAGGUACCGGAGCAGCAACUCACGGAUCUCGCCGUUGGACACUUUGAGGAUUCUCUCGCCAAGACUCAGGCGCAGGUUUCAGUGGGCAUGGGGAUCUCGUUGGAGGACAUGGAAGAUGCUAGCAAGUACUACGAAGAGAAGGGGGACCCGCAGGUGAAAGAGCAGUUGAGGCAUCUCAAGCACCUCUAUCUCACGGUGUCAAACUUGCCGACGGACGAAGAGGAGCCUGAGCUCCCGGACGACCUUACGGUGGAGAAGAUGGUGACUGUCGUGACUGCCUUCUUCAAGGCGUCCAACAACGUCGUCGAGUCUGUUGUACAGGAGCUCCUCGCCAAGGGGGAGGACAUUUCAAGCCCGGAAACGGCCAUGAAGAUGAGUAUGAUCAUCCAGGAAAGGAACGGCCCAGCAACGGACGAGGCCAUCAAGCGCUUCAACUUGAACUCCACGACUAUUGGGCCGGCAAUGGAGAAGUUCCAGGAGCACCCGGAAAUCAAAACCGCAAUUAUGGUGGGAAGCGAGGAGCAACAUCAAAUACUGAGGGCAUACGGGCUUGCGGUGUAAUCCAUGCCUGGUUUCGAUGGCGUGAGGUGCUCGUGACGAUGUUGAUGCUGCGAUCCCGGGGUGUCCCAAAGAGCAGAACUUGGUUUUCGUAAACGGCGACCUGAAGGCUAUCGACAGCACGCUUCUCUCGCGGCGCGUGCGCUCACGUGUCCCGUCCACUUGAUUCCGGGGUUCGUCUCUGCGACAAUGGGACAGAGCUACACAGCUCUUACAUCGGAUGUCUCGUGAUUUACUUCCGUGUCUUCCUUAUCGUAGUAGGAGCGUGGUACAUGGGAAAUGGGGAAUGGUAGUGAGCUGCACUCCGACCCCGUGUAGAUUGUCCCGACUGCUUUAGGUUCGGCUGGAGUCUGAAUUUCCACGUUGGGUCUCGACGUAUCGACGUACCAGGCACGCCUGUUGGAUGGGUUCUAUUGGUUCUGUUUUGAAUUUAUAAUUAGACAGCAAACCCGCAGGAGGAGAGGGUAGAGAGGGGCUCUU